AUUCACACCCUUGACCAACGACGACGACGACAGCCCGUUACGAAGGCAGCAUGUUUAAAAAAUUUAACAUCAAGGAAGACGUUACAGGUCACACCCAGGUCAAGUCCUCAGUCCAACGCGCGAUCCGCGCGAAAAUCCUGGAGCAGUACAAGGACGGGAUCGAGGGUAUCAUUGACGAUGUGAUGCCCAAAAAGUCACACUUGAUCCUGAUGAAGUGUCACGAGCACAUCAACCUCAUCGUCAUGAACAACGAAGUUCUUUUCUUCAAUCACUUUGACGGACCGUACUAUCCUACCCUCAAGCUGCUCCACAAAUAUCCUAACAUGUUGCCAAGGUUGCAAGUGGAUCGUGGUGCUAUUAAGUUUGUCAUGGCGGGUGCUAACAUUAUGUGUCCAGGACUGACCUCAAAGGGCGCAAGGAUGGAUGUUUCCGUGCCCGCCGAUGCUGUUGUUGCGAUUACAGCCGAAGGCAAGAAUGAGAUCCUGGCUGUAGGAACCACGAAAAUGUCAACUGAGGAUAUCAAACGCAUCAACAAGAACAUUGGAGUGGAAACUGUUCACUAUCUCAACGAUUGCUUGUGGAAGACAGUGGUGGACCUUUAAGCACCAAUUGCAAAGGAACAAUGCAGGAAUACCAGAGAUGAAUAAACACGCAUGCAGCGGCAUUGCACCAUAUGAC